AUGCAGCUAUUGCUUGUUUUAAUGGUAUGGGGCUUGUGUUUAUAUUCAACUCAAGCCGGUUGCAGUUAUCACAACAAUUGUAAGUCAUGCGCGAGUGAUGAGUCUUGGAUUGGGUCAUGCAGAUGGUGUGAAGACACUCGGUCCUGUCAUCAACUUGAGUCGGGAUAUGAUCAGUGUUUUGUUUGUAGCAAUAAUUCCUUAUCGACACUAUGUAGCAUAACGAAACAAUCAGAUUGCGGCGCAAACAUUAAAGACGGGGACGAAACUAAAAACUUUGACGCAAAAGAAGCUUAUGACGCAUUGCUUUUAUCAGCAAUUGCCUAUUCGGAUGACCCAAUAUCUUGCAUGGGGAAACAUUUUCGGACACAAGAUUUACAGCUAGUUGAAGUGAUCGGGAUAAGAUGUAACGACAUGCACUUCGACUAUAAAGAAUGCUUUGCUUUUAUAGCUGUUUCCAAAUUUAAACACACAAUAUACAUCUCGUUCCGUGGUACAAGCAAUCCUGAGAAAAUGCUGAGAGACAAUCUGACAAAUUUUAACUCUUACCAUCCAACAAAAAUAGGAGGAAAAAUUCACAGCUAUUUUAGCACUGCAAAUAGAAGAUUGUACAGCUGUGUUUCUCAAGGUUUAUCAGAUGUUUUAAAAACCUAUACUACUUACAAAAUUGUUAUAGUUGGACAUUCAGUAGGGGGAGCUUUGGCGUCAAUUACAUCUGCAGAACUUCUGUAUGAUGGGCUUAUUUACGAUCAUAAAACGACUUUAUAUACAUUCGGCAUGCCACGUCCAGGGGACAAGCAGUAUGCUAAAAAGCAUGAUAUUUUUGUUCCAAACAGCUACAGAGUAGUACAUUACAAGGAUAUAAUAUCAAAAUCACCGCCAAGAGAUGUUGGUAGCUUUCACCAUCAAUUAGAAAUCUUUUACGGUGAGGAAAUGGAUAUCAAAUCCCAUUAUGUCGUGUGUGAAAAUUACGAAGACGAAAGAUGUGUAAAUGGUGAAUCAAACAUAGAAUCUAUCUUUGCUAUGCUGUAUCAUAAGACCUACUAUGAAAUAACUGUUGGAUCCUACUGUCAAAAAAGAGCAGGAUCAAAUAAAGAUAAAGAAAAACAAUCUGCUUUAUACGACUUGUUCAAUGACAAAACUUGUCGCCGAAUCAAAAAACAUCUUAUCCCUUUGAACAAAGCAUGUAUUCAGGACGGUACAUCAGGAGUUCUCACAACACUCAUGCUAAUUUGUGCUGCCUGGAAAUUAUAA